GCCGCACAGUGCAGGCGUACAAUCCUGAGCAGCUUACGACACUCAGUGAACACUAGGUGCCUCUGCAUGCUCUAGCAACACACUGCUCAGCCGAAGGGAAGGGAUUCUCGCUGUCUCUCUCUGCUCUAAGCGUCACCUAACCAGCAAAGCGAACAAAGAAUGGGAAAUAAAGCUACCCUUAGCCGGUCAGUGAAUGAAUGGUAACCUCUCUCUUGGAGUAAAGGUUGUGCCGGUCAAUGGUCGUUGCAAAUGAUGGACAUUAAACAGAUUGACAAAUCCUGUGGAGUCGUUAGUAAAGAGUUUGGAGUUUUUUUCACGCCACAGUGUUAACUGCAGAGAAAAGGACAGAGGGAGAAGGAGAAGAUCAAGCUCAUGUACAUAGUUCUGAAACUUGCAGGUCCUAGGAGUCAGCUAAAAAGCUAGCUGGACAAGCCUUGCGCUCGUUGAGCAGAAGCGAAGUGAGACAUUGUGAGCUUGCCAGCCCUGCACAAAACUGAAAGGGACUGAAUUUGUAGCACAGAGGGGUCUUUUUUAGCUCUGCAUAUAAUUAGUCCAAACACAAAGGAAGCAACUGAAUGGAGGUUGUCACUCUCUGGAAAAGGGUGGGUAAGACACUUUUUAAUUAAAUUCUUUCAUGAAGAAAGAUUUUUUUUUUUCCUUUGCUGCAGCAUUUAACAUGAACAAAAUCACUAUCAUUUUGCCUUUGAAUGUCUGUGAACUUUAAUGCUGCACAGCUCCUGCAUGCUGUAAAGUGAAAUAUUUGCCUCUGUGUUUGUUCUGUUUGCUGUUUUGCUUUGGUUUUCUGGCUUUGUUUUGUUCUUUUUCCCUUAAAUAAAAUAUGAUGUAGAAUUUGAAAAGAUUCAAUGGACAUUCUCCAGCAUAUUUGGAAAUAUUCUUGCUAAUGGAUUUCCUUCUUAUCGGUCUCUGUUUAAACUGGCUGCUGAGGAAGCCCCCGGGGUUGAUAUUGUGUACGCUGGGUAUCUUUUCUAAAAUGCUUCCAGCCGUGAAUAGUGGGUGUCCACAGCUAUGUCGGUGUGAGGGCAGGCUUUUGUACUGUGAAUCACUGAAUCUCACAGAGAUGCCUCGCAACCUGUCGGGCAUGAUGGGCUUGUCUCUGCGGUACAACAGCCUUUCAGAGCUGCAUGAUGGACAGUUCACAGGGUUAAUGCAGCUCACGUGGCUCUAUCUGGAUCACAAUCACAUUUGCUCAGUGGAGGGGAAUGCCUUUCAAAAAUUGCGGCGAGUUAAAGAGCUCACCCUGAGUUCCAACAAAAUAACCCAACUGCCCAACGCCACUUUCCGACCCAUGCCAAACUUGCGCAGUGUGGAUUUAUCGUACAACAACCUACAGUCUUUGGAGCCGGACCUGUUCCACGGGCUGAGAAAACUGACAACUUUGCACAUGCGGUCGAACGCCAUCAAGUUCGUGCCAGUGAGAAUUUUUCAGGACUGUCGCAGCCUGAAGUUUCUAGACAUAGGAUACAAUCAGCUAAAGAGCCUGGCUCGAAACUCUUUCGCAGGCUUGUUCAAGCUCACUGAGCUGCACCUCGAGCACAAUGACUUGGUGAAGGUGAAUUUAGCCCAUUUUCCCAGGCUCAUCUCCCUGCACUCCCUCUGCUUGCGAAGGAAUAAAGUUACCAUUGUCGUCAACACUUUGGACUGGAUAUGGCAACUUGAGAAAAUGGAUCUCUCCGGCAACGAAAUCGAAUACAUCGAACCUCACGUUUUCGAAAGUGUACCUCACCUCAAAUCCCUGCAGCUGGACUCCAACCGGUUGACCUACAUUGACUCCCGAGUCCUCGACUCCUGGAAGUCCCUCACUAGCAUCAGCCUUUCCGCGAACGCCUGGGACUGCAGCCGCAACGUUUGUGCCCUGGCCUCCUGGUUGAGCAACUUCAAGGGACGCUACGACAGCAACCUGCUCUGUGCCACCCCUGAGUACGCGCAGGGCGAGGAUGUUUUGGAUGCGGUGUACGCUUUUCACUUGUGUGAAGACGUGGCGGACCCAACGAGCGUUAACACCCUCUCCCCAGUAACGAACAACAGUGACCAAACGUUCAGCUACGGCUCCGCCACCGCCACGUACGACGUGCAGGACAGCGAAGGGGACCGCACGACAUACGCCAUAACCGUGACCAUGCCCGGCGAGAACUCGGAGAACGCCGUUCAGAUCCACAAAGUGGUGACGGGGACCAUGGCACUGAUUUUUUCCUUCCUCAUUGUGGUUUUAGUGUUGUACGUCUCCUGGAAGUGCUUUCCAGCCAGCUUAAGGCAUCUAAGACAGUGCUUUGUAACACAACGCAGAAAGCAGAAGCAAAAACAGACCAUGCAUCAAAUGGCUGCCAUGUCAGCCCAGGAGUAUUACGUUGAUUACAAACCCAACCACAUUGAGGGAGCCCUGGUGAUCAUUAAUGAGUACGGAUCUUGUUCCUGUCACCAGCAGCCAGCGAGGGAAUGCGAGGUGUGAUUUUCCUUGGGGAUUUAAGCAGUGUGCAACCAAAUAACAGCGUGCAGGCAGACAGUGGCACGGGGUCGGGGGGGGGGAUUGCUGUGCUUUGCUGGUGAUUUCUGACACGCUCCUCUGUCGAAAUUGUUAAGAGGGGUUGUCUAAAAGACUUGAUAUUUUAGCUUUAUCGUGUCUUAAAAACCUUCAGGACAGUCAAUCUUAAGAUUUCAUAUGCUAAUACUCCCUUUGAAGAUCUGUCAAUAUUCAGGAAUCCGAGAGUGUAAAAAGGUACCAAUUAUUGAUCUUUUGUAAACUAAGAAAACUGUUUAAAAUAAAAAAAAAUAGCAUUUACAGUU